AUGAUCACCUUAGCUGCGAUCUUGGGUUUAUUCCUUCACAUAACAAAAGUUUACAAUAGAGCAGUAUCUUUUGACCCUGCCCAAAACUUUUAUUUGAAUAAGCAAUGGGAAUCAGGACAUCACCCAUUUCCUGAAAUGAAUCGCUUUCUAAAUCCUUACUCACAAAUUCAUUAUCAACCAAUGAAAUUGCUACAACCAAAUUAUUCAUUUCUUGAAUAUAUUUGCAGCCUUUCACAUAGCCACAGGCAUAUUGAAGAAGUUUUAGUCAUUUUCGGCCGGAGAUAUCGUUCGUUGAUCAAAAAAAUAAUUCGAGAGGAUUGUCCUACGAAGGAGCAUGACGUCAGACACGAACAACGGGCCAUAAUCAACUUCAAACAAACUCGGAUUCCAUUUCGAUGA